AUGCUUUUAGAUACAUGGAAUCUCCCAACACCCUCGCGUCAGACGGUAGGCUUGCUCGCCGGGACAGCUGUGGCUGCUGCCGCCCUGGUCGGAGGCGCGGUCCUGUUCCGCCGCAGGCCUGCGCCCCGGCCCUGCACAGUCCUUCCACCCCCAGCCCCCAGCCCUGCGAGUCCCAGAGCAUCUUUGAACAGUCGUGCAGAUCUUGACGACCUCAGAGCCGGGGCCAUCGACCCUGGCUCUGUGGAGGAGGCGCGCCUGGCUGGCUGCGGGCUGACCGCCAAUGACCUGGCCACCCUCCGGCCCCUGCACUCCCUCCGCUUCCUGGACCUGGGCGACAACGGCCUGGAGUACAUCGCCUCCGGCUUCCUGCCCGGCUUCCCCGGCCUGGAGGUCCUGAACCUGGCGGGCAACUGCCUGCAUGAGCUGCCGGAGGACGUCGGCGACCUGCCCCGACUCCGGCGCCUGGGUCUCAAGGGCAACCGCCUGACCUGCCUGCCCCCCUCCAUCGGCCGCCUGCGCGCCCUGGUGGAGCUGUUCCUGACCGACAACGCGCUGACGGCCCUGCCGCCCUCCAUCGGCGGGCUGGAGUCCCUGGUGAAGCUGCAGGCCUCCUUCAACGAGCUGACCACCUUGCCCCCGGAGCUCGCGCGCCUGACCAGGCUGGAGCUCCUCCGCGUCGCCUGCUGCAGGCUCACGCACCUGCCCCCCGCCCUGGCCAGCCUGCCUUCCCUCAGCUGGCUCUCCCUCGCCGGCAACCCACUGGCCCCUGAACCGGCCCCAGCCGGCCGGGGCCUGCCGCCCACCAUCCCCUUCACCGACCUCACCCUGGGCCAGAGGCUGGGCUGCGGCGCCAGCGGCGAGGUCUUCCGCGCGACGUGGGGGGCGCGCGAGGUGGCGCUCAAGCUGUUCGUGGGGGAGGUGUCCCCCGACGGCCGCGCCGCGGACGAGGAGAGCGUGGCCUGCGCCCUGGCAGACCCCUGCCUGGUCAGGGUGCUGGCCAGGACCGCCGAGCCCUGGGGACUGGUGCUGGAGCUGGUGGAGGGCCAGCCCCUGGCAGCCAAGCCCGACCACAAGAGCCUGCUGCGCUGCACCUGGGCGCCGGGCACACGGUACACUUUGGCUGUACUGCUGCGCAUCGCCCACUCUGUGGCAGUUGCCCUCGCAUACCUCCACGCCAGGGGUAUUGCACACGGCGACGUGUAUGCCCACAACGUUCUGGCGGGGCCGUGCGGCAAGGCCGUCCUCUGCGACUACGGAGCGUCGUUCCGGUACGAUCGCCGCCAAGACUCGCACUACGAGCUGCAGGAGGUCCGGGCGUACGCCCUGAUGCUCAGUGGGUUGAUGCAGCACCUCGACAUUGGCUUUUCAGACAUGGAGGUGGCGCUGAGCACGCAGAAGGCCCUCCUCGCCCUCGUGCAGGCCUGCCGGACCCCCGACCCCGCCAAACGGCCACGCUUUGCGGCCAUAGCGGCCCGCAUCCGAUCCUUCCAGCUGUCCAGCAAGCAUGCGGGAGCCACCUCAAGGGAGCAGGCGGCGGAGACCCUGCGAUCCUCGCGCGUCGUGCUCAGCGCACGCAGCGAGGAAAGCACAUGA